GUCGACACGACGCUCGCCAGUGUCGAGGCACGAGACGCUCUCCGGGACGCAAAAAUAGAUCGUGCACGGCGAGACUCGCGCACGAUUGCAUUUUAUAUUACAGAGCGGGAGACGGUAAUGUCUCUACUUCAUCGUAAGACCGCGCUGUAACAUGUAGGACUUAUUGCGGGGACGGAUUCUUUGAUCAAUUUGUAAUCAACUCGUUCUUGAUCAGAUUCAACUGUACGUCUUUCAAUUUAUGAUGCUCUCGUAGUUGUGCAAUGUUAAAUGUUUAGGUAAUUUUGUAAACGAAAUUUUUUGUUACAGUUUACCUCAAGUUAAAUAAAAAACAAAGCUUGAUUAUCUUCUAAAGUUGCUUCUAAAGUUUUAAGAAAUUAUUCGUUUUAAUUUAUAUCUUAUAUGUAGAGACUAUCGACGUCUUCUAAUAUUUGCAUUAAAAAGAUUUUAUUUAAAAUUUGUAAAAUCGCUAAAGACAAUCAUCUACACAUGCGGAAUUAAUACAUUUCCAGUUAUUAUAUGUUCCAAUGUUAUCGUUUUACGCCUUUUUGAUACUUUUUCCUUGAGGACAUAAUAAAUGCCCCUGUUAUCCAUUCUACUUAUUUUACUCGAAUGUAUUUUAAGACCCAAAAUCUAUCCACUAUUCUCUUUCUCUUUCUUUCGUGUACCUCGACAUCUACAGUCGAAGGUUAAUGUCACGCAAGGCGCGUCACAGCGCCGGGGCAAGCUCGUGCCAUGUGUCCUAUCCCAAUAGACGGAAAAUAGCUUUUUCUCGCGAUGACGAUAAAGAGCGCGAGUGAAGAUGGAAGGAAGGAGGAAAAGAAUGAAGACAUUUAUUAUUAGAGGAAGGUCGAGAAAGCCAGCAGGAGACGCUGCCGUCGUUGCUGUCAUCGUCGUCGUCGUCUACGGCCGUAGGGAGGGCGUCACGGGAUCCGACAUUGCGGUAGGCUACGCAUCCACGCAUCGCGCGUGAAUAGUGACCCGACAUACACGCACGACCGCCAGCGCGCCGCAUCGCCGACUGAUGUUCUCUCGGCCCUCUCGGGAAGCGCGGAGUCGCGGACGGACGAACGCGCCCGCCGCUUUGCUCCGAGCGCGACCGAAGUCACGUUACGGAGACAGCCGAGCGCGCGGUCGGGCGCCCCGAAGAGCGUACGCGCGGCGCGCGACGACGUGCGCGAGCGAGAGCGAGUCCGGCGCGCGGAGUCGGAGUGUGAGAGCCUGGAGAAGUAGUGAGUGAACGAGAGUCUGGACUAGCGGGCUACCCCGGUUCCGAGUCAGUCAGUGUGCCACCGGCGACCGUAGCCUCGGUGCAGGGGAACGCGGUUACGCUCCGGCAGGUCGAUCGCGUUUCGCCUCUCUUUCCUCUCUUUGUAGUCUUUCGGGGAACAACGAGGAGUACAAAGACAACGCCGACGACGACGACGAGGACGACGGCGAGGACGUCGGGCACAGGAUACCGCGUGGUUUCUCGUGGUCGUCGCGAGUAGCCAGUAGUGAGAAAAUCGUGCUCGGCCGACGCCGACGAACAAGUGAAUUGCCAAGUGAACGAUCAUCCUUCGCGCGAUCGUAAACGCGCGCGGACAGCGGACCGAUUUUUCCGGCUGUCAUCUCGUCGGGUUGGCUCUGCAUCUGUCAGUUCGCGGCGAAUGCACCGCGAGAGGUGAGAGCGUUCGAAUAGUGAACGGGUUGAGUCAUCGGGGACGUGAGCACGCUCGAUAUACCUGUCUUUCUUUUUAUCUCUCUUUCUCUCUGUUUCUCUCGCGGAAAGGCUGCGGGGAUUCGGAUCGCAGACUCGAGUGCGGGUUGUGUUUUCACGCGCGUCACCGCCAUCUCCCACGAGGGAUAUCCUUCCGUCCUUUUUCCCCGCGAGCUCGCAGAGAUUGCGCGAGCCAGCUCGUUUCUACUCCGCAUCCGUAUCUAUCUACCUCGUUUACUCUCAUCCGCUUUUAUCUCGUCGUCGCCGACCACCGCGGCUCCGGCGAAGAUAAUCGAGCCUUCGGCCGCGAUAAGCACCGAGCCGGAAGUGUACUGCGAGAGACGCCGCGCUGCCGGUGCCGGUCAUCGUCGCGUUAGUUUUCCGAGAACGAGCAGGAGGACAAGCACCUCUCCGCAAGCCGAGAGGUUCUCGGGUUGAUCCUGUCGAGGAGGAAGAGGACGUCGUCUCUGUGCGCGCCGGCGGGAAUUCCCGCGCAGUGCGAUGUCGUAGAUCCGCGAUUGAGUGCGCCAGAGUUCGGGUAUACGAUCAACGUCGAGAGAGAGAGGAUCAACGAGAUGCCGUCGUGCCGAGUGUAGUCCUGGUAGUGCGCGCGGGAAGAAGGGGAGGAGAGAGAAGGAUCGUCGAAAUCGGAUUCAGAAAGGGAGGAAGCGAGGCUUCGGCACGCCGCGAGAGUAGUACUCCCAUGCUCAGAGAGAUCAUGCUGGAGGAUCAGCCGUUGGAUCUGAGUGUCCGGGUGGGUGACUACGCGGAGGACACCCGGGACGACAAGGACGAGCAGGAGCACCGGGAGCGCAAGGACCUGCCCGUCGACGACUACGGCAACGCGGCGGCCGUGCUCAGGCUGCGAGGAUGCUUCGCCGCGUCCGAGUACACGCAGGAGCGGGAGGACCGCACCUGCUCCGAGGACUCCGACGACUCGUGCUCCGACAACAAUCAGAAGGACGGCGGCACGAGGUCGCGGUCCAGGCCGCCGGGCACCAAGCCCUACAAAAAGAACCUCAUGAGACGAUACCUGGAUACCAGAGAAGUGCAGCCGCACGACACGGGCGAGAAGGAACAGCUGGGUCUCGCGAGCGUGAAAGUGGAGCCGGGAUCCACCAGCGCGACGACCACCAGUAGCACAGGGACCCGUCUACUCCAUGGUAUUCUCUCCCAACAUCCCCAGCAGCAUGCCCUGGGGCUGCAAAACGGAUACGGUCGGCACUUGGCCGGUCACGCUCAGAUGGGUCAACCGCCUUACACCACUGCCGCCAUCGCCACGACGAGUACGCCAGGAAGCGGAUCACUGCCAGCAAGCCCAGCGGACAGCGGAGUCAGCGAUGUCGAGUCCAGCACGUCCUCCGGCGGCAACGAGGACGCGAAUCUCUUACUAAAAGCCAGGCUCAAUCCUAAUUCGUCCCUCCAGCCGGGUCUGGCAUCACAUCACUCUCAUCUGUCGUCCGCAGCACUCGGCAGGUCGGCUUGCCACAGCCCUGGCGUGUACCCAUCGACGGCGAGCUUCCUGCCGCCCUCCUAUCAUCCUCAUCAGCAUCAUCCCUCCCAGUAUCAUCCACAUCGGGGGAGCUCGCCGCAUCAUCAGCACAGCAACCACACCAUGGGUCCGACAAUGGGGCCGCCUCACCAUCACCACCAUCAUCAAACGCAGAGUCUCCAGCACUUGCACUACCGUCAGCCACCUACACUGUCCGAGAGUUACAGCAGUUACGUGAACUCCAUGUACGGUGGGGGUGGUCAGUUUGCGACUCCCUGCACCCCGAGUCCGCCGCGAGGACCCGGCGGCGUGCCCACCAGCGUGAUCCAGGCAGCUACCAGCUCGGUCUCGGACGAUCUGUAUCUCCUCGAGUUGGGUUUCCCGCCACGCUCGAAGAAGAGCAAGCUGAAGAAGCCGCGGCAGGGCGAGGGCGGCGCCGCGGUGAAGCGGAAGUCGCGCGAGGGCUCGACCACGUAUCUGUGGGAGUUCCUGCUGAAGCUGCUGCAGGACCGGGAGUACUGUCCGCGCUACAUCAAGUGGACGAAUCGCGAGCGGGGUGUCUUCAAGCUGGUCGACAGCAAGGCGGUCUCGCGGCUCUGGGGCCUGCACAAGAACAAACCGGACAUGAAUUACGAGACAAUGGGCAGGGCAUUGCGCUACUACUACCAGCGCGGCAUCCUGGCGAAGGUGGACGGUCAGCGGCUGGUCUAUCAGUUCGUCGACGUGCCGAAGGACAUCGUCGAGAUCGAUUGUACGGGUGCAUGAGACAGGGAGCCGGCCCGUCCCGCGCGGGACGAGGACGAACAGCAGCAACGUGGCGGCGACGUUUUGAUGCGGAUUCCGCGCGGACGUCGACCGCCGCUGACGCUGCCGCUGCUGUCGCUGACGCGACGUCGCGGACCCGUCGCCGGGCCUUAUCCGCGCGAGAGGUCGCCGUCCAGCGGUUCUUUCCGCCGAGACGCGCCGACCUGGCACACCCCUCAGACAUUAAUGUAAAACGCGUUCUCUCACUGUCUGUGUUUCUCUCUCUCCCUCUCUGUUUCUGUCUGUCCUCUCCCUCCCUGCUAUUCUCUCUCUUUAUCUCUCUCUGUAUCUCUCUCUCUUUCUCUCUAGCUUCGUUUGUUCCUUGUAUUAUACCUAUGUAAAUGUAUAUAUUGAGGUGCCGGAUGACGAUGUCGUCGGAGGUGGUCCCGACCCGAUACCUCGUCCUCCUCCUGCGAUCCGUUUCUUUCUCGCGUGUCCGAACAGCGCGCAGGAAUCGGGAUGGACAGGACGGCACCGUAUGCUCGAUGGCGUCUGAAUCGUUGAAAUUUGUACAAAAUUUAGUUCUUAAUGCCGGGGCGAGGGGGGGCGAAAACUAAAGAUUCUAUCAGGUGUACCUCGGGAAAGGACGCCACGGACGAAUUACUUAACGCGGAAAGCAUCGGAAAGCGGAAAAGUGUAUAUUCGAAAGCGCGAGUAAAUUAUUUAUUGUACAUUAGACGUUUAUACUAUGUGUUACCUAUAAAAGAAAUUGUUGAUCGCGCGUGAUCCACAUGCAAACGGAAAACGUACUACGGAAAGUUUAAACGCACGAUGGAAAGUUUAAAAAGAAAAAAAAAGAAGAAGAAACAAUGAAACGAAAUGAGGGCUGUGAAAAGGAUUACGGUAUCGAAAGGAGAGGAGAGGAGAAAGGAGAGAUGAGAUUAGCACGGAAAAAGGAUGAGAGGUGUCUCUCGAAGUUUCGCGGAGCGAGCUCAGGGAGGGGUGCACACUAUAUUUUUUUAAGUAUAAGCGGAAGGGAUCGAUUUCUUUCGAUUCGUGAGCUGAGGGUUCAACAACGCAAGGUGCUGGCUAAUAUGCAUACACACACCGAGGUCCAAGAAUAUUAUUUAGCAACCUAGUGUUACUAAUUCGUAAAGAUUAUCGAGACAGACAUUAUAUAUCUCUGUAUAUAGAUAUAAAGAAUACCUUUAGUAAAAAAAAUAUAUAUAUAUAUUAUAUAUAUUAUUGAAUAUUAUAUAUAUAUUAUAUAAAUAAAUAUAUUGUAUGUUAUGUAGUAAAGUGGAGCGACUUUUGAUGUGUCUCUAUGAGAUCCGGCGUCACGCUGACAGCGCGGUGGGAGCUCGAUCAUCUCGUGCGACGUCUUUCCUAUUGUAAACUUUCUACUGUCGUUUUCUCUCGUACGUUUUACACGGGGGUGGAACAUGCUGCACGUUCGGGAACGCGUCCACCGCGCGAUCACACAUCCGGACUCCCCUAACAAGUCGCAGUCGUAACGCACACAUAUUGCCGGUCUUGCAUGCUCAGACUAAUCAGAGACGUCGCACGUGUGACAGAAUGAGGAGUAUUCCGCCCGACGCGACGCCCGGGAUGCAUAAGAAUAACGAUAACUCUAGAGUAAAAUUUAACUUAUUGGCAUCCCGGGACGCGUGACGCGCGCGAGUGCAAGUGUAUCCUAUAGCCGUAAGUUUUGUACAUAAAUGGAGGAAUUUUCGGGAGAACGAGAGCCGACGGAGCACGCCGAUCUCUCCUCGCGACUAUCCCUAUCGCGGGAGAGAGAGACGGCACGGAGAUAUAGGAAAGGAAGAACGGACGCGCGAGAAGCGCAGCUAGAUCACGUGCGGUGGCACCGUGGCCGAUCACGACGCGUGUGUACGCAGGCGUACAGGCCGAUUUCGCAUUCGCACUACAGCCUUGGAAUACUCCGGAGAAACGAAAUAUACAGUACAUUCGAACAGUGAUCCAAUAGUGCUGCCAAUAAUGCCUGUAAACGAUCCCUUUGCAUUUGUCACUCGAGGCGAGGUCCCUCGGCUCGAGCACACAAAGUGCCGUCAGAUCGAUCGAUGUUUUGGGACAUCAGACAUACCGAUGAUACAAAGCAAAUUGCCUUCUCGUAUUAACAAAGACGUGUUGCCUUCUAACAAAAAAGAUGCAUAUAAAAGUUCUAGCGAUUUGUAUCGUAAAUACCGUCACUUUGUCCAGGUACUUAAAAAAACCCUUUACAUAUUACCUUAUAUAGCAUCGUUUGUGAAGAAUUGAAUUUUGUAAUUUUAUCAGCGAAAAAGUUCUUUGGUACGUGGCGACUUUUAUCGUACUUCGAAUACAAUGUAUAUCGGCGGGAAAUAGUAAUAACUAUUAAAUAAUAACGAUAUUAUUAAUAAAAGAGAAUGAUAUAUCAGAGUACAAUGGACAAAAGUACCUAUAGUAUACCACACUCUUCUAUACAUGAUAACAGACACUUAUAAACAAUGAAUGGACACUACAGCUACAACUACAACAGAAAUCCUAUUUUUAGGUAAAUUAAAUUUACAUAUACAUAACAAUGAUCCACUACACUAUGAGAUAUUUUAACAAAUAAGACUUUACUGUAAUAGAGAUAAAUACAUAAUUAUUUACUUGUAAAAUAUAUGAAAACACGAUGGAUUGACGUAAGGAACUCUAAUGUAACGUUCUGUGAUUCGUUGUUUGUAGGUGAAAUUUAAUAAAAGAUUAUUGUAUCAUAAUA